CGAUCAUUAGAUUAUCAUAUUAUUAGUUUAUAUCCAUCAUUUUUUGUUUUGCCAUCAUUAUCAGUUCCGGCCUUUUAUGCAAACUCGUCUUAUCCAACUCUGUUAAAGUGAAAGUCAAAUGAUGUGGCAUCUAAAUGUGCCUAGUGACACUAGAUUGGGUGUUACUUCGUUACAUAAAGAUAACCAGAUGAACCUUGAAAAUUACAUCGUUUAUAAUGGGAACAUUGGAGAUAUUUUUUCACUCUUUUCCUUAACUUUCUCAACAUUUUUGGAACAAAUCAUGCAUUCGAACUUUGUAUUAACACUUUUAUUCGGUCUUUGGGCUAAUGUAAUCCAAAGUAAAACCACUACUGAAGGUCCCAUUGUACUAACUCGACAUGGUGCUAUUCAAGGAAGUCGAUCAAAUGUAAAUGGUUUUGCUGUUGAAAGAUUUCUUGGUAUUCGUUAUGGAUUGAUUCCUCGACGAUUUGUUCAUUCUCAAGUCAACAAUCAUAGUUGGACAGGAAUUUUGAAUGCGACUAAAUAUGGUUCAAUCUGUCCACAAGAUCCUUCCGAUUUGCCAAUGGAUGAGGACUGUUUGUUCAUCAACAUUUGGAGACCUGCAAUGUCCGGUACCAAUAAAAGACUUUUGCCUGUUCUUUUCUGGGCUCACGGUUCAGGAUAUCAACAUGGAUCUGGAGCACAAAACUCAGGUGAUCUACUGGCACCUUAUGGUAACAUGGUAGUGGUAACUUUCAACUAUCGUCUUCGUUCAUUUGGUUAUGCUUUUGGAGAUGAAAAUGAAAUCCAAGGCAAUCAAGCAGUUAGUGAUAUUAUCAGUGCACUCAAAUGGGUACAUCAAAACAUUGCCUUCUUCGGUGGUGACCCAAGUCGAGUUACUUAUGCAGGUCACUCAGCAGGUUCCAUGAUGGGCUCAAUAAUUCCAGUGCUGACUGCACUCGAUGAUUCCCUCUACUCACAACUCUGGUUAACCAGUGGAGUUUGUGUUACUCCAAUGUACAUCGAAGACACUUCAGUCGGUCUAGCCAAGACUAAGCUCUUAGCAUCAAAAGUUGGAUGUGGCUCUGAUGCUCCUGGACCGUUAACAAGUCAAACCAUUUCUUGCCUACAAACAGUCGAUAUGUCAACUAUACUUGAGCACGACUCAGGUUCUGAUAUUAAAAAAAUUGGUGGUGCAGAUGAUCCACCAUUUUUGCCAGUUUAUGGUACACCUUUGAUCCCAAAACCUUUGGUUGAACUUUUCAAAUCCCAUCCACGAAUCAGGAAGACUACCAUCCUCAACCAUAUUCAUCAAGACGAAGAAGGUCUUUUAUACUCUGAUUUAAAACCAACCAAUAUAUCAGAAGCUUAUAAAAUGGCUUUCGAUCAUUUAGCUUUCGUCAAAAAAGAUUUGACUAAAGCUCAAAUGCAACCAUUCUUUGAAUAUUAUUUCAACGAAACAAAUGAUAGUGACCCUAAAGCACUCAAAACAUCACUCACCAAUUUCCUAACCGACUAUACAUGGGGAUGUACUUCAUUAAUGUUAGCCGAACUUUAUUCAACAUAUCAUUCAGUUCGAUUUGGUGUGUUCACAUACAAUCUAGAUAAAUAUGGUAAAGAAGCUCGACCAAAUGGUCCAUACCAUGGAGAUGAAAUUGAACUUUUCUUUGGUGAACCUUUUUACAACAAUCCAUAUUCAAGUAAAGUCGGAAAAGGUGAUUUCGACUAUUCAAUGAAAGACAAAAUAGAAAGUUUACGAUUAAUGAAAUCAUUGGUCGAUUAUGUUCACGGUAAGAUGCCCACCGAUUGGCCUGAGUUGCAUUUCAAUAAAGCAAACCCAGAAAAGGAACCAGUUGUUAGAAUAAUCGAUUUGGUCGAUAAAAACGUUAGAUAUUCAAAGCAACACAUUUGCCGAAAAUGGUCAAAGCUUUUUGGCUACGAUAUAGCAAAGGACUAGACUCGGACUUCUCAAAUCGCUCGCCCAAUAAAUACAACUUUACCUCACCAAAAGAUUAAGCAAAAUCUUGCUAAGCACUUGACAAAAAGCUUUUAAAUUUACAUUCUGUUCGUAGUUUGACUGAAAAAUGUAUUGAAAUGUUUUCUUGAAAUAAAAUAGUUACGAACUUUGCUAUUGAAGUUGACAAUUUGA